AUAAAACAAGUUUCAACAUCAUUUCUAUAACUUUUCAGAAAAGUAUGUUUUGUGAGUUUGGUUUAAAAUGCAUAAUUAUUUUGAAUAUCAUGCAAAAUUGGAAAAAGUUCAAAACGCUCACUAAUACUAAUGCAUCGAAGUGAAUUACAUACCUUCUGGAACUGUCAUACCUGGGGCUUACCCGGUCUACCUUUUGUACCCCUUCAGAAAAAAUUGUAUACUUACACGCUUACCUAUUUACACGUUAAAACAAGAUACGUCUACUCUAACUAGUUUAAUACUUUUGAAUUUAUUAAGCAUGAUAUUAAAAGGUUUUCAUAAUCGAUUUUGAUACGAUAUAGUUUUUGAACAAAGAUCAUUCAUAUACCGCCAUACAAACAUGAAAACUUUUAAUGAACCAUCAGACAAAGGAGUAGCAUUAUUAUAUUAUCAACAUGUUGACCAUUUCAGAUCCAGCUAUGAACAAGGCGGUUCUACGAUUUUUACAUCGUACUUUCACUUUUGGAUGCUGAUUCAAUUUUGUUUUGAUCUAAAUUCAGAUUAUAAUAUUUACAGCCCGUCGAGAAAAUAUUAUUAAGAUGUCUUUUGUUGUUAAAUAUAAAUAUUAAUAAUAAUACUUUAUUCCAUUUCAUUCCAAUUCCAAUUUGUUGUAUUUCAACACAAUAUAAUGACCUUUUUUAUUCGUAAUUUUCUUAUUUAACAUACAUGUUCUCUAAAAAGGUAAUAACAUCCAGCAAUGGCAGAGUAUCAACUUUCUUCUUCAUAUGAGCUAAUAUUUUAUAUCACAUUUUAUAACUUAUUUUUUUAGAGCGAAACGUCUGUGCAAGCGCUGCAGUGUUAUUGAAAUAAUUCAUUCCAAUUCAUGUUUUCAGUCGCAGUAAGGAGCACAACAACAACUAUUGAUAGGCCAUAAAUAUAUCUCAAAAAGUUCAUAGAGAGCAGUCAUCGAGAUCUUCUUUGCAUCCCCUAGCAUUUCUUGUUGUAUUUUUUAAUUCAUUUUUAUUUAUCUCACAUCUUAUGUACAUGAUCAUAUCCAUAUUGUUUGGAUGACUUUAUACGGUGAAUGGUUGCGCUGCCAUGUUGUACUUAAUUGAAAUAAUAACUUAUUUCAAUUCAUGUUUUUUUUUCAGCCACAGAAAGCAGCUCAAUAACAACUAUUGAUAUAUCGUGAAUCAUUCUAAUAUAAGUUCAUCUAUUUUAUUUUUGCACAACAUAGCGAACAUUUCCCAUUUGUUUUUCCUCGUUAAAAAUUUGAAUAUUUCAGCUAUGGGAGGCAAUCAACUGAGAUCUUCUUUACAUACCCCAAUACUUCUUAGUGUAUUCAAUAAUUCAUCUUUACUAUUCUCACAUUAUAUAUACAUGAUCAUAUCUAUAUUGUUACAUUAAUCAUUUGAAUCAUGGUCAUAUCACUUAUCAAAGUGAAUCCUGAUCAAAAACCCACCCUACUAACAAAAACACCCUUCCGUGGUCUUUGUAGGGAUGCAGAGGUAUACUCGGUCUCUAAUAAAGCAAAGACUACAUACUAACAUUCCUUCCUUAUUGUUGGUUUUGUGCGGCACUGGCACGACUAGAAAUUCAUAGUUCCAAAAAAAGCGGGAUUGGAAAAUUAGCGUUUAAAAUUACCUUUAUUACGUCCAACAAAACUAUAAGCAAGUUAAAAACUCUUUUUUACAAUCUCUGAAGCAAGUUUUUGAUUUGAAUUCCAAAGACAUAUCACUCACAUUUUUUUUUGUGAACUUCGGAACAAGUUCUUGUUGAAUAAAACUUAACCGUAUUUGGCAUCGUUUGACAUUAUUAUUUCAAAAUUAAAAAAAAAUUGAGUUGUGCUCGUGUUGCACGAAACCGACGAUAUCCCCAUCUGACUGUAAGGACGUGGCCGGCGCCGUUAUUGGUCUAUAAAAAAAUCGGGUCAUUGAAUGAUGCACAGUGAGAAGGAAUUACCACUCCCAGUUUUUCUUUCAGUUGAUUCAUUGUGCAUCUUGAGUGGCUCGGACCCAUCACGGAGUAGCAACUAUUGAUAUGUACAGUCAGAACUAAGCUAAGCUAAACUAAGUAAGCUAAGCCUUACAUACCUAUUAUACAAAUAGCGGUUGUAGUUUCGAUAUUGACAGCUGGCAGUGGUGAACUGAUUUCUGUUAUAAGCAGAGCGGUAACAGCAAUAUUUCCGCAGCGCAGCUGAUCGCAAUCGCUUACGCGUGCGUAGUCGUGGAUUCGACCAUGGUGGUUUUCGUGGCGGUUCAAAAUAUUGCACUGUUUGGGCGAACACACUUUCCAGCGUACUACUGACAGAAUUAACUGCAUUGUCGAUACUAAUGGAUGGUUCCAAUACAGCAUUCCAGUUUAUCUCCGCAAGAGCCGCAGUAAGUGUGGCGUAGUCAGCCCGUCGAAAAUUCAAAGCCCUAAGUUCCGAAGGCUCGUCGUACACUAUUGUCGAGGAGAGGUUUAACGAAAGAACGAUAGCAGGAUGAAUAGCUUCAAGCUCGACCAGCGGCUCGUGUGCAGCAGAUACAUAACAAAUUGGCAAAGUUUCAUCAUUUACCCAUACAAGAUCCAGCAAACGUUCGUUAUCAAUCAAAAUAUUGUUGACUUGUGUCAGACCACGCCAGCAGAGUCCAUCGAGAAGAGAACAGCAAUAAGCGGGCAUAUUAGAAUGCAGCGUGUCCACUGAAGGGUGACCAUUGUCCGAGAUAAACCAACGCAAACCAGAUUGGUUGUAGUCUCCAGAAAGUAAAGCAGGAGUUUUAAGUUUCAAGCGGGAUAGUACCAUCCCUAUCGAGUCAAUGUGCUGUUGAAUCACCUGAGAAUCGGACUUUCGAUCAGGGGGUAUGUAUACGACACCAAUACUAAUGUCGCUAUUUGCCGUUUACACUAUCACCCACAACUGCUCGACAGUGUUGAAAACAGGUGCAGGAUCGAUGCGACAACUCAACUCCACUGAAACGGCUAUUAAGACACCUCCGCCCCGCGUCUUUUGGCUGUUCAGAUGAGAUCGAUCGUUCCGGAAAACUGUGUAGCGGUUCCCGAAAAGUUGCGCUGAGAAGAUACGGUCAUCGAGCCAUGUUUCGAUUUUCAUUUCACAUCCCUAUGUAGCCGAACUUCCUGAGAGAAGUAUUCUACUUCAAAAGCAAAAGAACAUUGCAGACAAGAUGGGCAAAGCACCACUAGUGCUGUUGUUGUUGGUCAUUUCGUGGAGCUGGCAUGUUUUGGGUCAACAAACCACGCCUAGAACGACGACCAAAGUUGUUGGAUCGCCUUUACGCAGCUCUACCCGGGCAUCGCAGACUACCCGAACGCCAGCAAAAGCUGGGCAACUGGUUAACACUCAGGUGAGUUGCAGUGAUAAGUUUAUCAACCAAAAUUUAAUCUUAUUGCUUGUGCAGAGGACUACCCCAAGGACCACGUAUGUUACAGCCAAGAAAGUGAAUCAACCAACUACAAAAGCAGUCACGUUAACAACUAGAACUACCGCGAGGACAACGCAAGGUGCCACCAAGAAUGCCCAGCUAAAGCAGACAUCAACCACAAAGAGAAUGAACCUACUAACAACUAAAUCGGCCACAUUGAAAGCCCCUUUUACUACUGCAGUGAGUCAGUUUGUUGAAAAAUUACAGCAUUAUGUGAACAUUUCUGAACUUUUGCUAUAUUGCAGAGAACCAAUACAAAGCAUUGUUCGCUUAAUUUUAACGUACGCUCAAAUUUUCAGUCUACAACACUGGCUCGAUUAGUACAAACUACGACGAAACGGAUACCACCGGCUAUAGUAAUGAAAAACCAAAAUAUUUGCCACUAUCCUAACAUCGUAUGAUCUGUCAGCCCCACGGGCGUCCAUAUGGUGAUUUUUUUACGUAUUACGAUGGUCCUGUCGGCAUGACAACCGAGAAAACCGAAGACUACAGCGACAAAGAAUCUGCAUGCUGCAGCUCGGAGCCCACAAUUUUGGAAGCGGAAGUGACAGCCGCUUCGAGCGCGCAGGAUAAGGACUACCCUGAGGUCAACCUGGCAAGCAACAGCACCGCUGUAGGUGAUGGUUCAACCCGAAUAAAACUGAAACGUCGUAGAGCCACCGCUAGUCCACCGACCACAAUCCGAACUCUGCUGAAACGUCGAGUGACAGUUGCUUGAGGAACGGACACAAUAAAACUCCGAACAUGUCGAUUCUACAACAAUGGGUUAGGUUGACCUAGGUUAGGCGUCAAUAAAUAGCUUAAUCUACAUAACGCUACCUAUUAUCCACUGUGUGAUCUUGUAAAAAUUUUGAUUUCUUUUUUGUUCUAAUGUUUAGCUCCGGGUAAUAUAGCUAGAAUUUGAACGAUCGCACAUUCCGUAGUUGCACCUUCGUAAUGACUCUAAGCUAGUGAAGUUGCACAAAGAACCACCGUUAGAUGGCUAAUUUGGGAUUAAUUUACCAUCUUCGAGAUACAACAACAAUUCAGUAGCUUCCGCCUUGUAUAGAUUGAUAACGGCGCGGGCUCGGGCUACAUUCGUACGGUCUGUUUGGGAAGGAAAGAACAAUCGUAGGGUGGCAUCGGUUUCCCGUUGAUAUUUCUCAUUUUUCCCCGAUGUUUUAUUUUCAAAAAAAUUUGAGCAAAAUAUCGAUUUUCCCAUGUUUAUUUAAGUCCUUGUAAAAACAGUGCUAUGAAAUGAUGAAAACCAUUUCAUCCUCAUCGCUUUUAGCUUGUAUUUUUUACCCUUUUCAUCUCCAAAUCCUUUUUUUCUCGCUGUCAGUCUGCCAUUGGGCUUCCAAUGAUUCUGUAGUAAGACGCCAAUACAAUGUAUGGGAAAAAAUUGACCUCCGAACUUUGUUUAGCUGUAGGGCUCAGAAGUUUUGUCUUUUCGAAAAAAGUCCCCAUGCGAAAUUUGACCUCCAUCCGACCUCGAGAAAAAGCGCCUCGAAGUGGUAAACGUUUCACUUUUCUGAUCGACGAAAUAUUACACGCGAAAUUGUCGAAAUAUGCCAAUAUUUUAUGCCAAUUGUCUAUGAAAUGCAUGAAACGUCGAGAUCUGUUGCUAUCUUAAAACGAGAAUGGAGUGAAACGACAAAAUGAAAGAUUUUAAACGCUUACCACGUUAUAACCACUAGUAAACAAAUUACUCUAGUUUUUGAAAUCAUGUUUACUAACUUUUUUUCAUAGUGGAGUACACAAACGAUUUGUACUUGCUGUUGUAGCUUUGUUCACUCGAGUGCACAACGACACGCCCACCGGAAGUAUAACUGUCAUUAGUCACAUAUAAAAGUUAGCAUGCAACAAUCUAGUCUUCAUUGAUCAUCCGAUAAUUGUACUGCCGUGAGUUAACAUUGUGACGUAGAUCCUAGGGAUCGACUUUUCAGUACAGCCCAAUAACGAAUGAAUUUCUUGUCCCUUUUGUAUUGAAAUGAUACCUAUGUCACUUUUUUUUGUUGAUUUUAUGCAACGUACAAAUGAGUAAAAACGAAAAGGAAGAUAGCAAAAGAUAGGUCUUCGAAUAAUGAACAAAUUGGCAUGAAAAACCCAUUUUCGAAAAAAUGGCGCUUACGGCAGUGUAGUAAAAGAACGAUUUACUGGAAACCGAAUCGGCUGGUAGCAAGCAGAUUUGCCAGUAACACAGCGUAGCUAGCGAUGAUUUCAUGUUUGUAUGAUUCAUGCUGCAACACACGCAUCAACCGGCAAAGCGGAAGGUUCUUUCUAGAGCAGCAAAAAGCGGGUGGUGGCAAACAUUAGUCGCUUAUAAAAGCGCACGCCAUCGAAUUGAAUUUCUCAUUCUUUCUGGAGCAGCAGAAAGCAAGAGAUGGCAAAUUUUGGUAUCGAUUGAACUGUCAUCUUCUGAAGAACGGCGCGAACGAAAAAGCUUACAAAAACUACAAAAAACACAUAAAAAUGACUUAAGUGAAAAAAGUGUAUAGCUUGAUUUCACACAACCCAUUCCGCCCCCAAAAUAACUCUUCCAACUGAUGUCCUGCGAUAAAGUUUUGACUAUCUUGUUAAUUUAUUAAAAUACGAACAGAAGUACUUCUGCAUUUGUAGUACUUAUUUAAGUGCAACCUCCUGCUUUUUUUGAAAAACUUCGGCAUCCUGAGACCUAAAUUUAUCUAACCGACGCUCUGGAUAAACAAUUUGAAAACAAAAAAAUUUCAAUUUGAAAAAAAAAAUUAAAUAUUCCGACUGACAUCUGCGUAAAAAACCACAUUCAAAACGGUGUUAAAAGCAAUUUUGCAGUAUUUCUAAGCUAAAUCAGGGCAGUUUUUCAAUAAAUUCACUAGGGCAGCCGUCAAAAAAGUACAGCCUUUUCCCUACUGCCGUUUAUAGGUGACGACCAUACUCUAGAUACAUGUAAGUUAGCUGUUACGAUGCUGUGCAAAGCUUAUUGGCAACGGAGAAGUUAAUGAGCAUGUCAACAACGUGCAACGCCUGCUUACUCGGUAUGUAACUGAGAGCAUUUCCAUACACCGGUCGUUCCAAACCAAACCAAAAGGAAAAGUUUCGACUAACGGAAAAGUAGUAGUAGUACAUGAAAUUGUCGAUAUCGAAAAAAUUUUUUUUUUUUUUUUUUUUUUUUUUUGAUGCCAAAG